CUUCACUGAUAACCACAUAUCGAUCUACAAUACCAUUAAGCUGCCAGUUCAAGCUCUUCUCAACACUUGUCUUCUUCACUACUUGAAACAAACUUUGUGAUCAUUUCCAUACUCUUCUUUCAAGAACCAACCUUAUCAACCAGCACAAUGCAGUGGUCAACUAUCACCACCAUCCUCACCCUCCUCCUUCUCAACUCCUCCCGGGCCUCAGCCUUCAGCAUUGCCCGAGUCUGGGCUAGCUUCUACUCGGAGUGUCCCGCUACCGACCCGGACAGCACUACCGACCCGACACCGGACGACAUUGACACCGACACCGACACUGACACCGACGCGGCCACUACCUACAGCCACAGCUUCCUCUCCAACUUCUUCGCCUCCUUCUUCCAACGCACGGAAGACCAGUCCGCCACCGUCGUCGUCGACAUCUACUCAGGGACCUGUCAAUCCCUCCCCGUCGGCCGCCGGUACAACGCCGACGCCAUCUCCUUCAACGCCGAAUCCCUGUACUCGGGGCCCUAUGAUCACUGCAACGUGACCCUGCACGAGGUGCCCGGCUGCGUCGACAAGCCCCUGGUCGAGGUCCCGUUCCAGGACGGCAGCGCCGAGGCCGAGUGCACCGAGCGCGAGUUCACCCCGCUCUCUCAGAUGUGGAUUCUCCUGCACUGCGAGACGGACCGGUCUCCUAUCAGAACCGGCAGCACCGGCAAGGGCAGCAGCAGCUCCAGCAGCGGGGGCCAGCAGAAGCCUUCGCAGCAAUCGCAAUCGUCCUCGUCAUCAUCAUCAUCAUCAUCGGAUCCCUCGACGCCCAACAUCCCCAACAUUCCCGAAAUUCCCGCCAUCCCCGAUAUCCCCAAGCUGCAGCCCACCCUCUUCUCCAAGCUGCACGCCGCGCUAGAAAAUGCCACCGCCACCAAUGCCACCGCUCCAGGGGCUGUGAGCGCUAACUCAACGGGUCCGGUUCUCUCGCGGGCGAUGCGUCUGCGACGGGCAGCGCGCACCAGACUUUCAAAUCUGUGAUUUUCUCGUCUUCUUCUUGGAUUGAAUUGCUAUUGCUGUAUUUCGCCUCCUUCUGUAUAUCGAGUGUGAGUGUCCAUUCUGGGCCCCUUUGUCUUUCAAUAUGUCGGAUUAGCGAUUUGUCGAUGUUAAUGGCGUUGAGGAGAUACAGUGUGGAAAGAAAGAUAG